AUGAAAAUGCCAAAAAAACACAAAAGAAUAAGAAUCUUUGGGUCAGCUGCUAGGCUUGCUGGUUGGGAACAAAUCAGUACGAGUGAAGAAGAUUUAGAAGAAGGUAAAAAUAAGAAAAAUAAUGAAUUUCAUCCAAAACAAAAGUUUUCAAUUAUUCAUAAUACAAAAUCAAAUAUUGAUAUUAUUGAAGAAACAACACCUAUUAUAUUACAUAAAUGUAAAUCAAUUAAUAAAGCAAAAAUUAAUAAUACUAAUGAAAUCAAUAUUCAAUCACUUAUUAAUCAAAAUGAAUUAUUACGUCAAGAGGAUGAUGUAAAUGUAUUAGAAUCUGUAAAUAAAAAAGGAAUAAAUGAAAAAAAAUCAAUAAGAUCCACAUGUAUACAUGAUCAUCAUGUGAAAUUUUCACAUUCACAUAUAAAAUUUUUUCCAUCAUUUAUAACAUCAUCAUCAACAACAUCACCAACAGUAUCAUCAUCAUCAUCUUCAGUAUCAUCAAAAACAUUAAAAUCAAUAAUUACAUCGAAAAAAUCAUCUUCUUCAUUAAAUAAACUUAGUGAAUGUAUACCAUUAAAAAAUAUUUUUGAUUUACAAACUUAUUCAUCUAUUCCAACAUUGAAAUCAUCAAUUAAUGUACCUAACACUAUUUCGUGUAAUAUUAAUUGUAAUGUUAUUAAGACUACUAAUAUAAACAAUAAUACAUCUAAUAGCACCUUAAUUUAUGAAGUGAAACCAUCAUCCUCUAUAGAAUAUUCUGAUCAUAUAUUACGUGUUCCAGUACUUGGUAGUCGUCAAUCUGGUAAAACUACAUUAAUUAAACAAUUUAUUCAUUGUAUUGAUCCUGGAAAUCCUCUUCCUACUUGUAAACAUCCAGAUUAUUAUGAUCCAAUGAUAUCAUUUAAUGAUCGUAUUUAUUAUGUACGUUUAAUAGAUUGUCCACCAAUUGAUAAAAAAUUUCCAACUAAUUCUAUUGAAGAAUGGGAGAAUUAUCGUGGUUGGGGUUUAAGAAAUGCUUCAGCAUUUAUUUUAGUUUUUGAUGUUAAUUCAGAAUCAUCAUUUCAACAUAUACGUCAAUUACGUGAUCAAAUUGUUAGUGAAUUUAAUGAUAUACCAUUAUUAUUAGUUGCAAAUAAAAUUGAUUUAUUACAACAAUGUACAAAUGGAUUUAAUUCAAAUAAUAUUAUACCAUCAUUUUAUUCAACAUCUUCUACAUCAUCUUCAACAAUCACUAUGCCAAUACAAGGACAAUUACAAAUGGUUCAUUUAAAUAAUUCUAAUUAUCGAUUUAAUAUACGUCGUGAUAUAAAUAUGAUUAUUAAAAAACAAUGGAAACGUACUAUACUUGUUGAAUGUUCUGCUAAAUAUAAUUGGCAUGUCAUGAAUGUUUUCAGAGAGUUAAUGCGUAUUUUAGAGAAUAGAGAACAGGCACAUAGACCUACUGCAGCUAGAGCAGUACAAAAUGCAUUAAGAAAUAAUCAAUGUUUAAUAAUGUGA